AUAUAAGUAGUGUGUGUAGCUGACGCAAGGCUGUUUACUAAAUUCUUAUUCGAGAAAGUAUGGGGGUUCCAGUUUUAAAAAGCAAUGUUGUAUGUAAAUGACAGUGAACCGACUAAAGUGCGUCCACUGUUGUUGUGCUCUUUCGGUCGUCACGAUGAUACUUAGUAAAUUAUCCACGCGAUUAUUGAACACGUCUCUAGUUUUUAAUUCUACGAAAAGAUCAGUGUUACGCAAGCAUGUCAGGUGGAUACAAUUCACAUAUUAUGCCGAUAAGAACAACAAUAUCCCUGGUGAUACUGAAAAGAUGAAUAUGUAUCAAGCAAUAAACAAUGGACUUCGACUUGCAUUGAACAAGGAUCCUGACGCAGUGAUUUUCGGCGAAGACGUCGCAUUCGGAGGAGUAUUUCGCUGCACGAUGAAUCUACAAAAAGAAUUCGGCAAAGAUCGAGUUUUUAAUACGCCACUUUGCGAACAAGGAAUCGCUGGUUUUGGGAUCGGUUUAGCCAUCUCUGGUGUGACAGCGAUCGCAGAAAUUCAAUUUGCCGAUUACAUAUUUCCCGCUUUCGACCAGUUGGUGAACGAAGCAGCAAAAUUGAGAUAUCGAAGCGGAGGAGAAUUCGAAUGCGGUAAAUUAACGGUUCGGACACCAUGUGGCGCUGUCGGUCACGGCGGGCUCUACCAUUCCCAAAGCCCAGAAGCUUAUUUCGCUCAUACACCAGGAUUGAAGAUCGUUAUGCCCCGCGGAGCGAAACAGGCGAAAGGUCUUUUGUUGAGCUGUAUAGAGGAACCGGAUCCCUGCAUCAUGUUCGAGCCGAAAAUAUUGUACCGUACAGCGAUCGACGACGUGCCGACAGCUCAUUAUAAGAUAGAGAUUGGCAAGGCUGAGAUUGUGAGAGAAGGUGACGCGGUGACACUCGUUGGCUGGGGUACUCAGGUGCAUAUACUGUUGGAGGUGGCCGAUCUCGUCCAGGAGGAGCUCGGGGCGUCCUGCGAAGUGGUAGACCUCGUUUCUAUCCUGCCUUGGGACACGGAACUCGUAUGCAAGUCGGCGAAGAAGACUGGUCGCGUGGUAAUCGCCCAUGAAGCGCCGCUAACGAGUGGCUUCGGAGCAGAAAUAGUCUCGAUCGUUCAGGAGGAGUGUUUCCUACAUCUGGAAGCGCCGGUGCAAAGGGUCACAGGCUGGGACUGCCCUUUCCCGCACGUGUUCGAGCCAUUCUAUCUACCAGACAAGUGGCGGUGCUUCGCGGCUGUCAGAAACAUCCUGAAUUACUGAACAGACUCUGGGAUAUUCUGCUUAGGAACUGGUCGCAGUAGAAAUACGCCAGAAACCUGUUGCAUGUGCGGACAUUACCCCGAAAGAGAGAGAGAGAGAGAGAGAGAGAGAGAGAGAGAGAGAGAGAGAGAGAGAGAGAGAACAACACACGUACAAUAUCGUUUUUCGGAUUUUCCUCGGCCCAUUUCGAAAACCGACAUGAUGAAUUUCCGUUUCAUUAUUCUUGAUGGGAUAUAAUUCGAUCGAUGCAGUUGGUUUAAAUUAACCAGUCUGUCAGCUGCUGUUUGAUUAUCAAUGAUGUGAAACCUGAGUGAAAAGAGAGGCAGUCAAGAGAUCGUGUUACUUUGUUUACCGUGUGAUGGACAUUUCGAUGAGGAGCAAAUCACACGAUAUCGUUUACGUUGUGUUUAAGGAUAAAGGAUCAUUUCUUGUGAGAUGUGUAUUAUUUUUAACCGCGCAUGAAAGUGAUAAUACAGAAUAUCAAAUUAUUUUGUGUUAUGACACAAAAAUGAAUUUAUUUGUACGUUACUUUUAUUGCCAAUUAAAAUCAAAUAUAAACAAAAAAAUAGGAAAAGUAUACUGAUUUAGUUACAACUGAAGGGAGAGAGUCGAAAAUACACAGUUAUUUUCCAAUUAAGCGUCUCUUCUUAUCAUGGUCCUCGAAAAUCUUUGUAAUUGCAUAACAUAAAAUUUAAUAUACUUGAUCCUAAAUGAUUACAAAAUUUGUAAUAAAUACAAUCGUUUGCGAAUA